CGCAUUUCAAAAGGAAGUGUUUGACAGGUGCAUAACGUGGAUAGCGUUACAAACGGUUACAGAUAGGAAUGAUCUACAUUAGGCGUGUAAUAAAUAUGUGCGAGUACAUAGAACAUUAUACGUGUGAACAAGUGAAUUAAAUGGACAGUAUAAUUCUGGAUGAAGACAGUCUGUUUAAAAAUGGAAGCUACCUGACACCUGGUUGUCUAACCGUCAGAUGUGAAAUACAAGCAACAUGGCUUCUUGGUUUGUGUGAGGUACUGAAAAUGUAUGCGAGAAAGCAGAUGUCGAGAAGUACGGGGUGGAUUAAGAGUAUUUUGUUUCGUGGGAAAGGAAACUUCGUGCUGAAAGUUAUGUCAUAAUGCUGAAAUCUGGCCAGAAACGGCCUAAUACCCCAAACAAGACGAAAUCAGGAGUUAUUGGUUCCCCUGAUGCUGCAGAGCAUUGGCGACAGGGUGUUCGCGAAACAGUAAUCACUGCUCGACCCGACGGCAGUUUGAACUUUUCAGUGCAUGGUGGAUCUGAUAAAGGAGAGUUUGCUUACGUGAGUCAUAUAGUGCAGAAUAAAGUGAAUUAUGUGAGCGGAAAAUUACACGAAGAGGAUAUUUUAUUGGAAAUUCAGGGACAGAAAGUAGCAGGGUACACUCAGCGAGAUGUGGUGGCGUGGUUAAAUCAUUGCUGUAGAAAUGGGAAUCCUGUGGUGCUCAAGACAGUUGAUGCCGCUGCAAUAACAAAAGACCUUCGUCAGUUCUUGAAUGCAAGAUUCCAGAAAGGCUCAGUUGACCACGAUCUGCAGAACACUAUUCGGGACAAUUUAUACUUGCGAACAGUGCCAGUUACAACUCGCACACCACGAGAUGGUGAAGUGAAUGGUAUUGAUUACACUUUUCUCAGCACUGAGGAGUUUAUGGCAUUAGAGAGAAGUGGAAAUUUACUUGAAAGUGGCAUCUAUGAAGGAAAUCACUAUGGUACCCCAAAGCCUUCACAGGAACCCCCAGUCUCACCACCUCAGAGUAGUGGCUCCAACACUAAUUUGAGUUCUGGUCUGCCUUUGGGACCACUCUUUCCUGGUGCUCAUCCGAGCUCUGAGGGAAAACGGAAACGCAACCGUUCCAACGUAGAAGCUAUGGCAGCUAAGAACAUGGAGCCAGAAGUUACAGGCGGGCAUAACCUAGUUAAUGAUGGGACGUGUGGAGGCAGUAGUGAAGGGGACCAGGUACUAGGUUUGGGAACUCCCCCAAGUUAUUUCCAUGCUGGAGAAGGAUCUGACUCUCUUCGUUCGGAUCUGGGACCUCUGCCGCCGAACUGGGAGAAAGCUUAUACCGAGAGAGGCGAAGUGUACUUCAUAGAUCAUAACUCUGGUACCUCCCACUGGUUGGACCCACGGCUCUCCAAGUUUCAAAAGAAGUCCUUAGAAGAAUGCUUGGAUGAUGAAUUGCCAUAUGGUUGGGAGAAAAUCGACGAUCCACAUUAUGGUACUUACUACAUAGAUCAUGUUAACAGAAGGACGCAGUAUGAAAAUCCAGUGAUCCAAGCCAAGCGGGCGGCUCAGGACGGCACUAGCUCAAAUGAUCAAAAGGGAAGGAAAGCCCAUAUUAUACCUGGACCACGGCCGGCUGUCAGUAACCACUCAGGAACUUCAAAACACCCAAACAAUUCUGAACGAGCUUUCUUUACGAGAAAUCCAAAUGAACUGAAUGGUGAACACAUUCGGACAACACUUAUAAAGUCUUCUCGUGGUUUGGGCUUCACCAUUGUUGGAGGUGAUGAUACAGAAGAAGAGUUUCUGCAAAUAAAAUCUGUGGUUCCUAAUGGCCCAGCUUGGCUUGAUGGCAAACUCCAGACUGGUGAUGUGCUGGUGUAUGUGAAUGAGACAUGUGUGCUGGGCUUCACACAUCAUGACAUGGUGAGCAUGUUCCAGUCCAUCAGCCCAGCAGAGACGGUUACACUGGAGGUAUGCCGUGGUUAUCCGUUACCUUUCGAUCCUAAUGACCCAAAUACGGAAGUGGUCACAACUGUUGCUGUGAAUGCUCCAGAUGCAGACCCAAGUCUAUACUUGGAUCAUGAUGGCAGUCUGAAAGGCAGAGGCUACAACUUCCUGGAUGUCUCCUCAGAUGGUGUUCAUCCUCACAAUGGAUCAGAAGAUUUGGUGAACAGUUCUGUCAGGUCUAUGCCAGAUUUGUGCACGGCUGAGAAAAUAAAGAAUAUUCAGCGUCCAAGUAGCACAGAUGUUCUGUUAAGUGAUGGAUCAGGUUUGGGUGAUUUUAAUGACCAGGGUCCUGGAAUGAACAAGCCUGAGUUUUUUAGUAUAUCUAUUGUGAAAGGUGCUAUGGGGUUUGGUUUCACUAUAGCUGACAGUGCAUAUGGCCAGAAAGUGAAGAAGAUUCUUGACAGGCAAAGGUGUAAGAACUUGAUGGAGGGUGACAUCUUGGUGGAUAUCAAUGCAAUUAGUGUGCGGAAUAUGUGUCAUGGUGAAGUGGUUCAAGUGCUCAAGGAUUGUUCAAGGAAUCAAGAAGCAACAGUGACGGUACAACGAGGAGGUCCAGGCUCACCUGGUAAGAACAAACCUCGGAAAAAGGAUGAGCCAGGAUUGGCCCUGGGUCAUGGUGGUGCAAAUAGUAGUGGAGGGGGUAGUGCUGUGGUCAGGAAACCUAACAUUGGAAGUAGCGGCUCAACAGCAGGCAUGUAUCGUAGUAAGACACCGACAGCUGACCUCUACAGCACACAACAGAAGGAAGUGAUUCCCAAUAGGCCCAAAACUCCGUUAGUGGACACUAGAAACCGUUCAAAAACUCCUACUUCCGAGCGAGACAGGAGACCAUGGUCACCUUCAGAAGGUGGAGAUAGCGCAGCGUUAGAUAUAGGAUUGGGUGGAAAUGGAGUGUCAAAAUGUGAUGAGAAUGGGGCAGAUGGUAUUGGUUCUUUGAAGAGUCCCUCUUCCCCACUAACUCCUCCAUAUGAUGGCUACAAGACUGCAUUUACUUACCCAGAUCCAUAUGAUGGUGGUGGGAGGAGUCCGUUGGCAAACUUAAGUGAUCGCCUGGGCGUGGUCUCACUCCAGGACCCUGUACGACCUGUGCAAGGGGAUUAUAGUCGCAGCAGGGGCCUCGAAAAUGAUUUGGACCCAGAUCUUGAUCCCGAAUCAAAUCCAGACUCCGGAGCUUUACAGCAAAGGAAUGCAUGGAACAAAGUCCAUGACGGUCAUUACGGAGAUUCAUACUCUUCAGAGAAUGCUGCUCAUUCUCCUUUCACUGGUACCUAUGAGGCUACUGUAGUGGAUCAUGCCAGUGUUCCAAAUAAUCGACCUCCAUCGACUGACUAUCUUGGUCAUUACAUGCCACAACCUUAUUACAAUGGCUAUGGAGGGCAAUAUGAAUCAGGCUAUGUUUAUAGUUAUGCUGAUGUUCAUUCAGGCUACUUGCCUCACAGGGACUUUGGUUAUCCACAUCCAGCGUCCGGAUAUCCAUCUCAGGGGCAGAAUGUUCCUAGUGGUACAGUUGCCCUGGCUAGUUCAGGCUAUUAUACAGCCACUGAUAGUGCCAAUAAGAGGAAGGAAAGUACAAGUUUUGAACAUGAACAGCCACAUCCUAGCACAGUUACAAGGUGUCCUCGAGAUUUGAGGUGGGUGGGUCUUGGUCCAGGAGUUCGUAUUUAUCCUGCCGGACCUGGCGUUGAGUGGGUAGAGACUUUGGUCUCUCUGGUCCGACAGGAGACAGGCUUUGGUUUCCGUAUUGUCGGCGGGACAGAAGAGGGUUCCCAGGUAGGAUCCAUGGUAUCUAUUGGGCACAUUGUGCCAGGUGGUGCAGCUGACCUAGAUGGAAGGUUAUGCACAGGAGAUGAAAUUGUGAAUGUGGAUUCUCAGUCAGUACUCAGUACCUCUCAUCAUCAUGUGGUGCAACUCAUGGGCAAAGCUGCAGCUAAUGGUCAUGUCACUCUUGGAAUUAGGAGGCGUAUUCCUACACAAGAUGUUAGCAGCUAUGCAAGGGCAGACAUUUAUUAUCCAUACGACGUGACGGUUACUAGAAGGGAAAGUGAAGGGUUCGGUUUUGUGAUAAUUUCAUCUGUGAAUAAAGCAGGCUCCACAAUAGGUCGCAUUAUUGAGGGCAGCCCUGCUGAGCGCUGUGGUCAGCUGCAUGUUGGUGACCGCAUUCUGGCAGUAAAUCACAUGGACAUCUUGAAUCUUCAUCAUGGAGACAUUGUGAACCUCAUCAAGGACUCUGGCUACACUGUUACGCUUACAAUAGGGCCUCCUCUUGAUGAUGCGUCCAGCACAGCAUCAGUAUCUCAGAGGGAGGAGGAAAACAUUGGAAUGGAGGAAGAGCAAUAUCAUGCCAUAGAGCUGAGUCGGGGCACGCGAGGGUUUGGAUUCAGCAUCCGUGGUGGUCGAGAAUUUCAGAAUAUGCCUUUGUUUGUCCUUCAGAUCGCAGAAAGUGGACCAGCUGCCAUUGAUGGCCGCUUGAAGAUUGGUGAUCAAAUUAUUGAAAUAAACAGUAUCAACACAAAGAACAUGACACAUGCAGAAGCCAUUGAAAUAAUCCGCAAUGGAGGUCCGUCAGUAAGGUUAUUGGUUCGUCGAGGAGGAAAGGUCCCUCCUCCACCUCCUAUUGGAGAUCCAGCCAGUGCUCCAGUGGUGAAUACAAACCUGCGACCAAGCAGUUCGUUAGCUCAGCCCAAUGGACCUGUUCGACAUAGCUCUCCAUGUGAAGCAGGACUGGGAACGGUAUACUGGGAACAGCAUUACAGUCCUAGUUGACAUGGGCUGUAUUCUGUAGAUAAUGAAACCAUUUAAAAAUGAAUGCAAAUAGAUAUGGCACAUCUUGAUUUUUGGAGUGUAAGGACAGGAAGAUAGGCACCGGUGCAGCUUUCAGCAAAUCAUUAUGACCUGUUUUUGAUCAGUGUUGUGACAGGUUCUGGCAAUAAGAAAGUGGUGUCUGAGUGCAGCAGGGUUCUUAGCAAUCUGGAAACUGUAUCCUUGCACGAAACCCAUCGGGAUUAAUGGAACAGCUUCACAGCGUUUGAUCUAGUCAGACUAGCCGGCUAUUGCAGACAGGGCUGUCAACUUGGUAACCCAUAUAACUUUUUUUGUGUGGCUCUUUCAUAGACAUUAAAACUUGAGAGCUUCAUGAUUUUAUUUACAUACCAAGUUGCUCACAGCAGCUGUUCAAUGAUAAUGUGAUGUUUGCGUUCCUUAUUCUGGCUUGAUGGGAACCCUGUAUAGGACUAGUGUUGAGAAGCUGCAAACGGAUGUUAGUGGUGCAGUAAUGUGGCAGUGCACAUAGCAGUACAAAAAGGAACGUAUGUGGAAGUUAUGUCCUCAGCUCUGCGCUCACGUAUCUUUAUUUGCUCAUCGUAUUGUAUAAUUUCAUCUGAAGAUGAUACUGGAGUUAGGAUCUGGUGUCUGUCUUCAUAUAAAACUAGAUUGGGGAAGUGGCUGACUCAAGAGUUAAUAUCUGUUAAUUCUGAAAUGUAAUUAAAC